UCAUAUCCGGGCACGAAUAGGGUACAUCUUUAGCAGCCAACGCCCUACCUAGCACGAAGCCCUCGGUAGAGACCAGAAGGAAGUGGGCAGACGUCGGCUGUCCAAGCUGGUCAUUUUUCCCGCGCAGCGCCCUUCUUGCUGGACUUUGUGCCUGAUGUCUUGGCUCCGAUAGUGAACUCAACAACUGGAUAGUCCGCUAAAGUGACGCCAAAAUGGCAAGUCCAUCGGCAUGGAUCUUAUUUACAUUGGGAGUAUUUGCCUUGUGCUCGUUGGCUGUUGCACUUGAUACCGUUACUGUGUGGUGUCCUCAGUCAACAGAGGGAGAAACGAACAGCAAGCGAGCGAGCUCGACCACCACGGUGCUCAAUCCAACGAGGCCUGUUGCUUUGGAUAACAACAACAUGGCAGUACCGGCUGAAAACAUCACUUGCAACAUUACUUCUGCCGGUGGUGUCACCAUGGAAUUCAAUUACGAGAUGCCCGACCCGAUUGAAUAUGGCCUCAAUACAGUCACCUGCACAGCAACGCAUCCAGAUAACAGCACAGUUACCGACUCUUGCACAUUCACCAUUAAUAUUGUGGAUAAUGAGAGCCCGACGUUUUCCACUGCGUGUCCAACUGAGAUUUCUACUGCCACAGAUAACGGAAGCAGCACCGCCAACGUGACUUGGCCAGCUGUUGUGGCCAGAGAUAACGUUGGAGUGGUGUCGUUGACAUCUACCCACAGUCCCCCAUUUGAGUUUCCAGUGGGAAAUACCACUGUGGAAUACAUUGCUCUGGAUGCUGAUGGCAACAAUGUAACAUGUUCUUUUAUUGUGUCCGUGUCAGACAUGGAAAGCCCUGUGGUGGUUCUUUGUCCCAACGAUACAAUCACUGGAACAGAUCCUGGUGUGGACUAUGCUAACGUCACAUGGACAGAGCCUGUCUUUUCCGACAAUGUUAACUACACAACUACAGCUUCACACAUGAGAGGCGACAGGUUUGAAAUUGGGAACACCACUGUCGUGUACAAUGCGACAGAUGAGGCCGGCAAUUCUGUACAAUGCUCAUUUGUUAUCACAGUGGAAGACAGAGAGCCUCCGACGUUUUCUAAUUGUCAACCCCAAAUUCUGGCCCCUACUGAGGGAAACAACACUUUUGGGUUUGUUACAUGGGACCUUCAAAUCCAAGACAAUGUUGGAGUCAGUUCGAUUGUGAACAGUUCGGAGCCAGGUAGCAUGUUUAUGUUCGGAAACAAUACUGUCAACGUGACGGCAGUAGACGUAUAUGGAAAUGAAGCCACCUGCAACUUUACGGUGACUGUUUAUGAUGCUUCUCCACCGAUGAUCAUCAACUGCCCUCAAAGCAUUAUGAACGAGACGUCCGAGGCUCUCUUGAGCAUCUCUUGGAUUCCCCCUAAUGCCACUGAUAACAUUGACCCUACCAAUGCCAUAUCAGUGUCAUCAACCUACAGCCCAGGAGAUAACUUCACAGUUGCCCAAGUCACCGUGGUGGUGUAUACAUUCACAGAUACCAGCAACAAUUCAGACACCUGUUCCUUCAAGGUGACUGUGAUUGAUGUUGGGAACCCUGUGUUUAUCACAUGCCCCACAACACUGGAAUAUGUGCUUGCUGGAGGCCAGAGCAGUCAACUUGUCAGCAUUUCUGAGCCGUUGGUCCAGGACAACUCCAUGGAGAUGAUCACGCCCGUUCUCAAUGGAGUAUCCAAUCCUACAACUUUAAGCUACGGCGAAUAUGAGGUCAAUUACACUGCAGCGGAUGCAGCAGGAAACAUGGCUGCACCCUGUGUAUUUACAAUCUCGAUCAAGGACGAAGAGGCUCCAGAGUUGAUGAACUGCCCAUCAUCUGUCAUGAGUCUGCUCACAGACCCAGGACUCAACACAACCAACUUCAACUGGACAGAGCCCACAGCAACAGAUAACGUCAGAGUCGUCUCGCUCAAUGCAAGUGAAACAAACCCAGUGCUACUCCCAAUUGGAAAUAAUACAAUCACCAUUGUGGCCAUGGACCCUGCUGGCAACUCUGACAUGUGUGAAUUCUACGUCCUUGUCCAGGACUUGGAACCUCCAACGGUGGACGUCUGCCCGUCUGAUAUUGUGGUGGGAACUGACCCAGGGGUUGCCACUGCCAACGUCACAUUCUCCCCUGAAUUUAGUGACAAUGAUGAAGUUGCCACAAUUGUAGGAACCAACUCCUCAGGCUCGCCCUUUCCUGUCGGGAAUUCAACCGUUGUGUUUGUAGCCACAGACAGGUCUGGCAACGAGGCAAACUGCACGUUCUUUGUGAUUGUUCAAGAUGAUGAAGCACCGGUAAUUUCCAACUGUCUGAACAUCACAAAUAGCACAGACCCAGGCCAGAAUUACAAGAACAUCACAUGGCCACAGCUCACCUACACUGACAAUGUGGCCAUUGUCAAUGUCACAGCCAGCCACAGUCAGGGUGACAGCUUUACCGUCGGCGACACUCCGGUCACAAUUACUGUCAGUGACGAGGCCCAGAAUGUCACUGAAUGCACUUUUGUCGUCACCAUUGUAGAUGAGGAACCGCCCAGUUUGAGCCCUUGCCCCGCAGUCAUCUUCAACAGCACGGAAGAAAGAAAGAAUUCAUCUGUUGUUUUCUGGCAAGAACCAGUGAUCACGGACAAUGUUGGAGUCGUCAGUAACAUGAGCUCACAUAGACCAGGGGAUCCAUUUCUAGUGGGGAACACCACUGUCAAUUACACGGCCAGCGAUGAUGCAGGAAAUAUGAACAGCUGUGCAUUUGUUGUCGUCAUAACAGAUAAUGAGUCACCGGAGUUACAGUGUCCGACUUUCAUAUUCAACUCCACUGAUGCCAAUCAGAAUUCGUCAGUUGUCUUCUGGCAAGAACCGGUGUUCACCGACAACGUCGGUGUUGUCAGCAAUGAAAGCACCCACAGCCCUGGCGACGUGUUUCCUUUGGGCAACAGCACUGUAACUUACACAGUCAGUGAUGAGGCUGGCAAUACGGCCAACUGUUCAUUCAUUGUCAGUGUUGAAGACGAUGAAGCUCCGAUGUUUUCGUCUUGUCCCAGCGGAGUGGUCAACACCACUGCGUUCCGUCAGAAUUCAAGUGUCGUCUUCUGGCCAGAGCCAAUGUUUUCUGACAAUGUUGGAGUCGUAAGCAACAGCAGCAAUUACAGCCCGGGUGAUGUCUUUGACUUUGGCAACACCACUGUUACUUACACCGUCACCGAUGGUGCUGGGAACUCAAAUAAAUGUUCGUUUAUUGUCACUGUUCUUGAUGAUGAACAGCCGACUGUGUCCGGGUGCCCAAAUAGCUCAGUCGUUCCCACUGAUCCUAGCCAGGACAUGGCUGUCGUAACUUGGCAAGAACCUGUGUUUGCUGACAACGUUGGAGUUGCUAGUAACACGAGCACUCACCGUCCCGGUGAUGAGUUUGGCGUGAUGGAGACAGUCGUCAAUUACACGGCGAGCGACAGCUCUGGAAACACAUACACUUGUUCCUUCACCAUCACCGUUUAUGAUGAUGAGCCUCCCAUGUUCCCUCGAUGUAUGGAUGUCACAAUUUCAACUGAUCCUGGCCAGAACGUGUCUAGUCAGGUGUGGAAUUUCCCUGAGGCUACAGACAAUGUCGGCAUUACAAUGAACCAGUCAAGCCACCAGCCUGGGCAAGUCUUCCCCCUUGGGAUGACCCCUGUGAUGUACACAGUGUUUGAUGCUGCAGGCCUCAAUGCAACCUGCAGUUUUGAUGUCGUCGUUGAAGAUAACGAGAUGCCGAACAUCACAUAUUGUCCUAUCGAUGUCACGCUGAACACAACUGGUCAACGACCUGUGGCUGUCUAUGUGCUUCCUGAGGCUGAAUGUGGGGACAAUGCAGGACCCGUCACCAUAACAUAUUCCACCUUUGACAAUGAAUUCCCAAUUGAUGCCACGGAAGUGACCAUAGCUUGCUUUGAUGAGGCAUCAAACAGUGACAUCUGCACUGUCACGGUCACCGUGCUAGACUUGUUACCACCACGACUUCUCAUGUGCCCCGAUGACAUGUACGCUUUUGCCGACCGUGGUACGAACGUCACAGUCAACUGGACCCAGCCAGUGGCUGAAGAUAACUCUGGCUCUGCGACGGUCUCAUCCAAUUAUAAUACUGGUGACGAGUUCAUGAAUGGUACUUACAUUGUCGAGUAUACGGCAACAGACAGAUCAGGGAAUAUGGACAGCUGUAAUUUCACUUUGACUGUCUAUGCCACUGACUCGGAGUCCCCAAUGGUUGUUAUCUGCCCAAAUGACACCACGGUGCCAGCAGAUCCCGAUUCGAAUUCCACCGUCGUUACAUGGCCGGUGCCCGUCAUCACUGACAAUGUUGGAGUGACAAUGCUGGACUUGACACACCCUAACGAGUCUGUAUUCUUUAUUGGACCUGCUGUGACCGUGGGUUACACAGCUUCAGAUCUGGCUGGUAACACAGCUAGCUGCAAUUUCACUGUUACUGUUGUAGAUACCCAGCCACCUAUGUUGGUCAACUGCUCGGAUGACCUUGUGGAAUUUACAUCACCAGGCUCAAACGGGAUCUACUUAACCAUAGAUUUACCUGCCAUUGUCGAAAAUGACAUGUACAGGGUCGAGCAACAUCCUUAUCCGGGUCAUUUAUUCACGGUUGGGAACACUACAGUCCAGUUCAUUGUGCGGGAUCGCAGUGGACUGAAUGACUCCUGCGAAUUUAAGGUCCUGGUAAUUGAUAACCAACCGCCUAGUCUAUCCCCUUGUCCCAGUGACAUGGAGAUCCCAACAGAUGCACGUCUAGCCACUGCUAAUGUUACUUGGACGGUGCCGUCAGCUACAGACAAUGUCGGUGUCGUCAGUUUCACUAACAGUUCAGAACCUGGUGUGGUCGUUGAUCUAGGAGACACAUUGGAGGUUAUAUACAUGGCAUAUGAUGAGGAAGGGUUCAAUGCGACUUGUCAAUUCACAAUCACCGUAGUUGAUGAAGAAGAUCCGGAUAUCCAGAACUGUACUGGAGAUGUUUAUGUCAACACAACAGCAGGUGAAGCCACGGGCAUAGCUAACUGGGAGGAACCCACCGCUACUGACAACUCGGGCACGGUCACGCUAACUGCAUCCAUUAGACCAGGGGCUGUGCUAGGUAUUGGAUCGACCCCCAAUACCUACAUCGCUCUUGAUGGCUCGGGCAACACACAGCUUUGCAAAUUCCAAAUUAUUGUCCAAGAUUUUGAACGUCCAAAUUUGACAAUGUGCCCAGAUGACAUCUAUAUGUUCACGUAUCCGGGUACCAACAUAUCAAUAUCAUGGACACCACCAAUGGUAAAAGACAAUUCUGGAGACGUAACCGUCUCAUCCAAUUACAAUCCUGGGGAGGAGUUUGCGAACGGCACGUACACUGUGACGUACACAGCCACCGACGGAUCUGGCAAUGUGGGCAGCUGUUCCUUUGUCAUCCAAAUAAACUCCACGGAUACCGAGCCACCCAUGAUCCAGUGUCCUGAUGAUAUUGUCCUUCCUGCUGACAAUGGCAGUGACUCCACAGUAGUGACUUGGCCCCCGCCACCAUAUAUGGACAAUAACAGAGUGAUCUUAGUCAAUGUCACUCGGGAAAAUGGUAGUUUGUUCUACCUUGGAACCGAAGUUGUGACAUACACAGUCUAUGACGUCCUCUUUAACAACGACACCUGCAGCUUCAACGUCACUAUUUUAGACACGCAAGAUCCAAUGAUUGUUAAUUGCCCAAACGGUGCCAAUGGCACAACUGAUGUAGGUCUACCCCAAGGCACUGUCUCCUGGAAUGAGCCAGUGAUCUCAGAUAACUCUGGCUCUGUCAACGUUGACCUGUCUCACCAAGUGGGAUCAAAGUUCCCUGUAGGAACCAUUGAGGUCACUUACCUUGUCACGGAUAAUUCCUCCAAUUCUGCAAUAUGCUCAUUCAACGUCACCGUCACAGAUGAUGAGAGCCCAGUGUUUGAUUGUCCAAUGGACUUCACCAAUGGCACCCUGCCUGGACGUGAUGUAGGCACAUUCUCUGUAGCCCCAGCUGUCACUGAUAAUGUCAACGUGUCUUACUCCAACUUCACUCAUCGACCAGGAGAUGAACUGGUCAUUGGGAAAACCGACAUUGUCUAUUACGCUCGGGAUGCAGCAGGCAAUGAGGCUAUCUGCCAGUUUACCGUCACAAUUGAAGAUGAUGAGAAACCGCAGAUUUUAAACUGUACAGCUGAAGUGUAUGCUAAUGCAAGUCUGGGAACCAAAAUGGCUUACGUUGUGUGGCCUCAACCCACGGCUAUUGACAACACUGGCAUUGUGACACUGACGGAUGACAUCCCGUCAAACAGCUUGUUCAGCAUUGGUGUCAACACUGUCACCUAUGGCGCAAUAGAUGGUGCGGGCAAUGUUGAAACAUGCACAACCGCCGUUAAUGUCCUUGAUGUCGAGGAUCCGACGGUUGUUUGCCCAAGGAACAUUGAAGUUUUCGCAGACAACGGUACAACCAUUCGUCUCAAUUGGAGUAUGCCUAUAGCUAAUGAUAACUCGGGCAUAUUCACAGUGAACUCAAACCGUCCACUCAACUCUGAGUUUGCAGUCGGCACCCAUUACAUUACAAUCACAGUCACCGACCGGGCUGGAAACACUGCCAACUGUACAUUCAGUGUCAUCGUCUACCCAACGGACACUGAAGUGCCCAUCAUCAUCUGCCCGCAAAACGUCAUCAGAACUACUGACCCAAGAGUUAACUACACCAAUGUAACUUGGGAGGCUCCCGAGUACCGUGACAACCAGGAAGUCACUGUUAUUGAGGUUGAUUAUCAGAACGGUAGUCAGUUCUUCCUGGGGACCACCGAAGUCACGUAUUUCAUUGCCGACCGAAUGGGAAACAACGCAUCUUGCUCUUUUAACGUGACUGUGCUAGAUGACGAAGAUCCUUUCUUUGUGAGCUGUCCAUCUGAUGUCGUCCUUCUGGCCAGCCAGUCUAGAGUUUAUCUCUGGUCCCCGCCCAACGUCACUGACAACUCAGGAAGACCCAUCAAUGUUACCAGUAACUACCCCUUGGGCACUGAGUUCCCGUACGGGGGGAGUAUUGUUGUCUUCACAGCUGAGGACGAAAGUGGAAACACUGCUAGCUGUAACUUCACAAUCUUUGCUGAAGACUCGGAACCUCCCACGUUACUCAACUGUUCCAGUAACAUUGAGUUGUACCUCUACAACGGUAGCACCAAUGCCACAGCAACCUGGAAUGAAACGGUGUUUUCUGAUAACAGCGGCAACUUCACUGUCACUCAGGAGUACUUCCCAGGAUAUGCAUUUCCAUUUGGCAACACAGAAGUUGUGAUUAAUGCCACCGAUGCAGCCGGCAACUCAGCCAGUUGUGUUUUCAAUGUCACUGUUUUUGAUCUCUCCCCGCCUGUAAUUCUGAAUUGUCCCAACAACUUUAGCAUCGUGGAGAAUGUCUCCCUACCAAAUAUCACGUGGCCGGCUGUUCAGGCUGUGGACAACGUUGAGGUGGCAUCUCUGAUUCCGACCAGAGAUCCCAGUACCUUGUUCCCGGUUGGUGUCACUGAAGUUACCUACAUCGCCGCAGACACAUCCGGAAACACCAACGUGGAGAGCUGCACUUUCUAUGUUGAAGUAAUUGACAAUGUGCCACCAGUGUUUGUGACUUGUCCGAGUGAUAUAACUGUUUCAAACGAUCCUGGUCGACCUGGAGCCUCUGUCAACUGGACAGUUCCUAUUGUCAUGGACAAUGCCGAUGUGACUGUCUUUGAGUCGACCCACCAACCUAAUGCCAACUUUUCGCUGGGAAUGACGGACGUGACUUACAGGAUUUCUGAUGCUGCAGGCAACAACAACACGUGUACCUUUACCAUCACAGUAAUUGAUGAUGAAGAUCCUGUCUUUCAAAAUUGCCCUGUCAACAUCACCACGGAGACAGAUCCAGGUAGCAAUAUGGCCGUCGUCACCUGGGACCCGUUGGUUGUCACUGACAACAGUGGUGCCACUAUAACUCCAACCAGCGCCAGCCGAUCGGGCGACUCUUUUGGAAUUGGUUCGUCGCCGGUGAUGUUUGUAGCAAUAGACCCAGACAGCAACAUUGGACGCUGCAAUUUUGAAGUCAUCGUUGUUGACAAAGAGCCACCGAUGUUCUCCAUUUGUCCCUCGGAUCAGGAAGGAAUCGUUAUUGGAGAUGGCAAUAUGACAUUUGUGAACUGGACAGACCCUGUUGCCGAGGAUAACUCGGGCUCUGUCAAUGUCACAGCACUGACACGAACACAGGGAGAGUUUGUUAUUGGCACAGCUCCUGUCAUCUACAUAGCGACAGAUCCAUAUGGAAACACGGCCAGUUGCUCCUUCAAUGUGACCGUUUUUGCUCUGAAUACGCUCAUGAUAGCCUGUCCGCCAGAUGUCCGUGUCCCCGCUGACCUGGAUUCCAACAGCACCCUAGUGUCAUGGCCGCUACCGAUGUACAACGCCAGCAUUACGGCAGAUCUGACUUCCACCCGCCCUAUCAAUAGUUCAUUUGAAGUGGGUCGGGCUGUAGUCGUAUAUACCGUCAGGGGGAUUAAUGGAGACAAUGCAAGUUGUGAUUUCUUUGUAACUGUCACAGAUGACCAAAGCCCAGUCUUUACGUCAUGUCCGUCAAAUGUCGUUGGUAGCACCUCCCCUGCACUGGCCACUGGUACCAUGUUUUGGGUAGUCCCAGUUGCUACCGAUAAUGUUGGUGUGAAAAACUUGACUUUCAACUUCGAACCAACGGAUCUGUUCCCCAUCGGACCUACCCUGGUGACAUACACAGCCAUCGAUGCUGCAGGCAAUACCGAGAGCUGCUCGUUUAAUGCCACUGUUGUUGAUGGUGAGGAUCCAUCGUUCACAUUUUGCCCCACAAACAUUGAGUUUACCACUAACGCCAACGGUGCAAUUGUUGUACCUACCUGGGGUAUGCCCAAUGCCACUGAUAAUGCUGGCCCACCGAUGCUGACAAGUGACUACAAUCUGACCAGGCUGGCAGUUGGCUCCACAACAUUGAUAACAUUUACUGCAGUUGAUGAGGCUGGUAAUGAAGCCACCUGUAUGUUCAACAUCACUGUCAUCGAUGGAACUCCACCAGCCAUUUUCAGCUGCCCCAUGGAUAUGGUCAUUUCCACGGAUCCGGGCUUGGCUACGGCUCUGGCUAACUGGACAGAGCCCACGGCAACGGACAAUUAUCAACUGGUUAGCUUUGAGCCGGAUGUGCAGCCACUGACCAACUUGACGCUUGGUCCAACUAAGGUUACAUACACCGCUGUGGAUUCUGUGGGCCUGACUGCCCAGUGCGAGUUCAAUGUCACUGUUGAAGACCAAGAGCAGCCGACGAUUUCCAUUUGUCCCGUCAAUGCAGUUGGAACGAGCAGUCCCGGGGCGAAUAAUGGCAGUGUGUUUUGGAUUGCACCAACAGCUAAUGACAACGUUGGCGUCGUUUCCUUCGACUCCAACUACCAGCCAAAUGACGUGUUACCAGUUGGCUCCCGGAAGGUUGUCUAUACUGCUGUAGAUGCCGCAGGCAAUGUGGCAAGAUGCGAAUUUGACGCCAUUGUGGCAGAUGUGGAGGAUCCGGUCUUUACAUUCUGCCCGGCUGAUUUGGAGAUAACAACGGGCGCAAAUGGUUCUUACGUCAUUCCAAUGUGGGACAUGCCAAACGUAACUGAUAAUGCAGGACCUCCGACGGUGACAAAUGAUUACAAUGGUCAGCCAUUGAUGGUUGGCACGGUAACCACCAUUACAUACACAGCCGUGGAUGCUUUCAAUAACAUGGACAUCUGUAUGUUUGAUAUAACGGUUGUUGACGGAACAGCGCCAACCAUCAUGAAUUGUCCUGAUGACGUCACUGUCCCUAACACACCCAACUUGGCAACGGGCCAAGCCAAUUGGACAGCGCCUGUCGCCGAUGACAACGUAAGAGUAGUCAACUUCACAUCUGACUUCAACUCUGGUGAUGUGUUUGACAUCGGAACAACUGAGGUUACCUAUACUGCCACGGACAGUCUGGGGUUGACAGCUGUAUGCCAGUUUAAUGUCACCGUGGAGGAUGUGGAACCGCCAGUCCUCACAAACUGUCCCAACACCCUAGGAGGCUCGACUUCACUGGGCAAACCUAAUGCCACAGUGUUCUGGCCCAGUCCAUCAGCAUCUGAUAACUCCAUGAGGAGCGUGGCGUUGGAUUCCAACUACCAGCCCAAUGAUGAAUUCCCUAUCGGUGUAUCCAUCGUCAUCUACACUGCCACCGAUCAGAGUGGCAAUUCGGACAACUGUUCGUUUGAAGUGACAGUUGUGGACAUUGAGAUACCCGUUUUCACCUUCUGCCCGGAUGACAUCACCUUGAACCUAGAAAUCUUGGAGACUUGUCUGUCGUCCCAUCUUGGGACCUUCCUGUUGCCACGGACAACGCUGGCCCCCCUAAUGUCACCUCUGACUACACGGGUGGGGCGUUUGGUGAAUACGACCACUUUGGUAACCUACACAGCGGUAGAUUCGUCUGGUAACCCAGCGACGUGCAGCUUCAGCGUCACCAUAGUGGAUGCUGUUGCCCCCAAGAUUGCAGGCUGUCCUCCCAGCUUUGUUGUGAACACCACCCAAAACAUGGCCACAGGUGUUGCCGACUGGACAGAACCAUCGGCCUCAGACGACCAAGAAGUGGUCAGUUUUGUGGCCAGUCAUACCCCACCAUUGACACUCCCAGUCGGAGACAUCGUUGUCAACUACACAGCAACUGAUAACCAGGGCUUUGUGACAGUUUGUGAAUUCACCAUCAUUGUGCAAGAUGCUGAAGCUCCACAGAUCACCGGAUGUCCCCUCACCACCGUCGCUACUCUAGCCAUGGGGGCUUCUGUAGCUAAUCCAUUCUGGAUUGCUCCAACCGCAUCGGAUAAUGUUGGCUUGGUGUCAUUUGAAUCGACUGCCGAGCCCCGAGAUCCGAUGCCAGCUGGAAGGACCGAAGUGACGUACACAGCCACCGAUGCUGCUGGGAACACGGAAACAUGUACUUUCACUGUUGUGGUGUUAGACAAUGAGGCACCUGUCUUCACCUUCUGCCCGGCUUCCCUGGACUUUGCAACAUCAACCAACGGCUCUUUCGCUGUCCCAUCCUGGCCAGCACCUAAUGCCACUGACAACACUGGGAACACGACGAUCACUUCUGACUAUAAUGGUCAGCCUUUAGCGCUUGGAACUACGACUCUGAUCACUUACACUGUGGAGGACAGAUCGUUGAAUUCUGAUACCUGCAUUUUCAAUGUGACCAUCAUUGAUGGAACUCCACCGUCUAUCUCCAAUUGCCCGGACAGUUUCACGGUGUCAACUGACCCCAGCCAGUCCAGUGGUCAAGCCAACUGGACAGAGCCUACAGCAGACGAUAAUGAGGAGUUGGUCAGCUUUUUGGCGGAUGGAAAUAGUGGAGACUUUUUCCCCCUGGGUGCAACAUUAGUGACCUACGUAGCUACAGACCGCGCUGGCUUUACUGCUACGUGCAGCUUUAACGUCACUGUUGGAGAUAACAUCCAGCCACAAAUUACUGGUUGUCCCGAGAACGUUGCACUGAAUGCCACAGAAGAUGUUGUCGUGGACUGGACACCUCCAACGGCCUCUGACAACGUUGGCGUGGUCAAUUCUUCGUCUUCACACGUGCCAAAUGACACGUUUGCCCUGGGUAGCCAGACAACCGUCCGAUACCAAUUUGAAGAUGCCGCUGGCAAUGUGGCAACUUGCUCGUUCCUCGUCACAAUCUACAAUGCAACGAUUGGAGACGAUCUGCCGCCAAUGUUUGUAUCAUGUCCAUCGGAUCAGGUCGUCCCCACUGAGGCAGGACUCUACAAUGCCUCGGUCACAUGGACGGUUCCCAUGGCAACAGAUCGAGAGAGCACUCCUACUGUCACAGGAAUCAGGAACCCUGGUGAUGUCUUCCCUGUUGGCAACAUAUCAGUCUCGUACACUGCCACUGAUUCCUUGGGUCAGACUGACACGUGCAUCUUUUUUGUAACAGUCCGAGAUGAGGAGAGCCCAGAACUUAUGAACUGCCCGCCAGAUAUCAACAUGUUGCUGCCUCCGUCGCAGUCAGCAGUUGCCGCAACCUGGAAUCCACCGACGGCUAAAGAUAACUCAGGAGAGGCCAAUGUAUCUGCCAACUUCCAGUCUGGAUCAACGUUUGGAGUCGGUCAAACUCCUGUCAUUUUUACUGCAGUGGAUGGAGCCGGCAACACGGACACAUGUAAUUUCACUGUCAAUGUCACAGGUGACGCACCACCAGUCUUUACCACCUGUCCAUCCAACAUCGAAGUCAACACCACAGCACAGCUGGCCUAUGCCACGGUCUCAUGGAUGGUACCAGAGGCAGUCGAUGACGACAGUUCUCCCAUCGUGAUCGAGGCCAAUGGUUACGUACCAGGCAGCCAAUUUACUAUGGGAACCUGGACAGUCCGUUACAUUGCCACAGACUCCAGUCAACAAACAGCCACGUGUGAAUUCAACAUCACUGUCACAGAUCGAGAAGCACCGGUAAUUGAAGGCUGUCCUUCAGACAUCACAGAGGUCACUCUGAACAAUGCUCCAUUCACGGUCACAUGGGUUCCACCCGUAGCCACGGACAAUUCCGGGGAAUAUUCCAUUAUGACUAAUGAUAACCACGCACCAGGAGAAAUGUUGAAUGUUGGAACAUAUGACGUCAUCUACACAGUCACCGAUCCCAGUGGAAACUCGCAAACUUGUGAAUUCACCAUUACUAUCGAGAAUGAUGCCCCUCCUGUGUUUACUGCCUGUCCACCAAGCACUACGGUGUCUACAGAUCCUGGUCAGUCCUAUGCUACAGUUAGUUUCUCCUUCCCUAGUCCCUCUGAUGAUCGCAGUAAUCCAUCUUUGGUCGGUAGCCAUGCACCAGGGAGCCAGUUUGGCAUUGGUAGCACGACGGUGACCUACACAGCCUACGACUCUGCUGGCCAAUCGACAGACUGUGUCUUUGUCAUCACUGUCGAAGAUCGCGGGGACCCUGUCAUCAUGAACUGCCCAUCUGGCCAAACUGUCUACAUCUUGUCCACGAGCAACACAGCAGCUGUAUACUGGACACUGCCAACAGCCAAUGACACGAGCAAUGUUACUUUGACUUCCAACAAGGAUCCUGGCGAUGCAUUCAGUUCAGGAUCUACCUUGGUCAGAUACACAGCAACCGACUCAGCAGGCAAUGCCGACACUUGCUCCUUCUCUGUCGUGGUGCUUGAAACACUCCCAACCUAUGAGACUGACGGUAGAGUAGAACUGGUCAGUAUUGGUUCCAUGCCCCGUCCGUUCUCUGAAAGUGACAUUCAGACUAGACUACCUGCACUCAGAGAUGAUAUGGACCGAUUGUUCCGACAGAGCCCGGUCAGCAGUGAAUUUGUUGGCAUCAUGCUGACAGGAAGCUCAGUCGGGGGUAGUAACCAGGCCAUUGUUGAGUUUGAUAUCUUUUUCACCGGUACCCCGCCUCCUAAUGACACUGAGAUAGCGAGUGCAUUCUACUCUGGCUUGAGACCGGUUCAGAAUGAGUUUGACUCCGGAAAUGAGAUCUCACCUGGAACCUUCAUGCUGAGUUUGAGUAGCUGUCAAAAUAUCCCAUGUGACAAUGGAGGUAGCUGUGUUCCUGAUGGUAACACCUUCAUCUGUAUGUGUACACAAUUCUGGAAAGGAGACUACUGUGAAACAGAUGUCAACGAGUGCGUGGAGAAUGACCCUUGUCCUGCGGACCGUGUUUGCCUCAAUCUCCAAGGGAGCUACUUGUGUGGAUGUGCUCCUGGCUUCACUCUGGUCGGCGACUCUUGCAUAUCGGCAUCAGAGUUCAGGGGCUCUUUUGCCAUUACUCGUAUUGGCAGCUCAGAUGCUGUGUUUACUUUGGAUCUGGAAGACCCAACAUCAGCGCAGUACCAGAGAAUAGCUGGUAAUGUCACUCGUGUGCUGGACAGCAUCUUUGAGGAGGAGAGUUCCUUCAUCACAUCCCGUGUCCUUGGGAUGUCCAGUGGUAGCAUUGAGAUCCGUUAUGUCCUCACCUUUGCGGAAGACACAGAUAUGAACGAGGCCAUGGUUACCAGCCAGAUGAGCAGCAGCAUCUCAGCAGAUGGACAGAUUGGAGAUAGUGUACUCUAUAUCAGACCCUCUUCAUUGACUGUUGCAAGCCAGAUUUGCCCGCCUGGUUUCUGUAAGAAUGACGGCACCUGUUCACCAGAUCCUGUCACUUAUGAGAGCACCUGCACAUGUAAGAGCCCCUUCUCAGGUGAACGUUGUGAGAUUACAGAUGUCUGGUCACCAUUGGUCAUUGCCAUGGUAGCGGUUGCCGCGGUACUUUUGCUAGUCUUGGUCGGUCUGUUCAUCUCCUGUUGUUGCUUCCUUCGCAAACGUCUGGACGAGGAGCCGAAGUACCCUGGCAUCCAUGGGGCCGAGCAGCAUAAGUCCUUCGUCAAGCUGUCCCGCCCUGCACCGCAACGUCAACCAUCCGCCGUUGAGCCACCACGCAUUCCUAGAGGGCGCUUUGUCUCAACAAGCUUUGCUGAACACACAUCUCAUGUUGACCCUGGCAAUGGCAGCUACCGCCAGGAUGACGAUAGCUCUGAUCUGGGUGUCACCUCCUAUGAGAACCAGGCAUUUAGCAUCCCUUACCUGCAGGAUGAGGUGCAGUCAGCUCGCAAUCAGGGCUUGGCAAGACAACUACAGCAGAUUGCAAUGGACUGUAGGUCGUUGGAUGGCCGGCCACCAGAUCUAGCAACAUUGGCCAACGAUACACCAUUGCCAGACUACGAUGAAAACGAUGAGGUUUUCCCAGUCCAUGAUCCAUUCCCACACAUGGAUCAUACUAGGGAUCACCUGCAAGUGCAGCGAGUGGGCUAUGCCAACGACGUGGCACCUGAUUACCCACAGGCCUCUACCUUUAUACGACCCUACAUAGCAACGGGGCAAGAAGCCAUGGAGCACUAUUACAACUCCCAGCAAAGACGUCUUGAGGAUGACUACUUCUAGUUGGCGUGGAAUUCACUUGAAAUUUUGCGGCACAACUCUUAAGUAUCCCACCGAACUCCGGUUACGGUAGCAGAAAAGUUGGGCAAGUACAUGCAAAGCAGAUUAAAAUAAUGGGAGCUCGCUGGAAAAUGCUGCAUGGUGGAUUAGUGAUAAUUUAUUUUGGCUGAAUACGUACAUGUGUUUUUAUCAAUAAAACCGUACUUGUCUUGAACACAGUAUUACUUGGUGGUACUAUUGAAAACUUGCCUUAGAAAAUUGGGCGAGAAUAGUCAUCUUUGGGACCAAUGUCAGUUUUGAAGAUGGCCCUUACUUCCAUGCAUUAAGCUGUUAUUUUACCAGUCUGAGCUGAAUUCCAGAGUUCCCACCAAUACAUGACGAUAUAAGUGGUGUAGCUAUGACCAGUGUUUUUUUAACUUAAAAGUUUAAUCGACUUAAAAUUGUAUCCUGAUGUCUUGACACUUUUUUGAUUUUUCUUGUAUCUGAAUGUUUUAAUGUUAUUUGUGUACAUGUAUUUGUGUGUUUUAACAACCAGUACUCAAUCCUAAGAAAUUUUAGCAAGUCUUAAAUUAAAAACAGUUACCAGUUGCAUAUACCUCCGCCAUUUCUUUGUGGGUAUUUGGUUUGUGCUGGUGUGAUUUUAAUACUGGCAUUGUUAGCCUGGAAAAUUUUCUAACAACCACUGCCAUGCAAUACAAAGUCAGCAAUCGUGCUAAUCAAUUUUAAUUCUUUUUUUAUGGUUUUGUUAGAUUUGAUAAGUCAUCAGAAGCUUCCUAUGUUUGCAUUUCAGAUGAAAAUUGUGGUGUGUUAGAAAAUAUCUGCUUGGGUUAACACAGUACUAACGGUGUAAAAGAAGUUAAAAAUAUUAAUGGAGUAGGUACAAUUUCUCUGUGUAUGACAUUUUCAUUUUGGAGGAGUUUCAUAUUUGCUAUAGUUUUUUUUUUUCAAUUUUAUGGAAGCCAGUUAUAUAGUCCUUGAUUCCGUCUUGUUAGUACUUAGUAGCGCUGUAGGACCUAUAUGUAUAUUUUUGAACUUUUUAAAUUUUGUAUGAAUAUCUUUAUAUUUUUAAACUGUUUUGUUGGUGCUGUACUCUUGUAGUGUUAGCCAACUUGAGACAAAUUAAUCUUUUAGAUUUUAACAAAUGAUCCUACAUUGUGUGUAUUUCAGAAUACUUUUUACUCUUAUUUAUUAUUCAGUAAUGACUGUCACAGUCCAUUUUUUAUUUAAACUGAUCUUCAGUGAAGCAAGUUGAUUUACUACAUAAUCUGCAGCUCUGGAAACAUUGACUGAGAAGAAAUGUUAACUUGUUUGCUUACAGAGUGAGAAUUCCCUGCUCAGCAGCAUUUUACAAGUGACUAAUUGUUAAGUUACACCUUUUCUCUUUUUUUUUGCAUAAACUGUGCAUAAGAGACCAAUGUAUUGGCUUUUAAAGCGUGCCAACUGUGUCCGAAAAGCUACCAUACACACAGCAUUUUUUUUUAAAAGACUGCACGUACUAAUACCUUUCCAAAGAUGCCUCAGAGUAUCUAAAGAUGUCUCAUUUGAGUACCCUUGUGUGGCAGCUACAACGUGUCCACAUUGUAUUUCCCAUGAUUCCAGUAUUGUAAGCAAUUUAAACCUUUUACUGCAGGAGAGGAAAUAAAGCUAUAACAAACCA